AUGUUUAUUGAACCUCAACAACGAUUUACGAUACGUCAAGGUACAACCACGACCGGAACAGGCGUCUUCACUGAACUGCUACCUCCUCAAACAGAUGAAGAAAAGAACCCUAAAAACAAGAAGAAGCUUAUGAAGGCUGAAAUGGAACGGCUUGGAUUUAACCCAUAUGGCGAACUGGCAGAGAAGCGAUUGAAACCAGAUUAUUCGCACUCGCCCAAGGACAAUCCAGCUGCCAAAGCAUUUGAGGAUGCUGAGAAUAAUAAGUAA